UACUUGGGAUAUCUCAUGCCUUUGAUUAAAAACGAAAAAAUGUAUGUUAAAACCAAAAAGAAUACACCAGAAGAAUCGGAGAAAUUGGCUGAACUGAACAAAAAUAUUUUAAAACGGAAAGCUCAAUUGCAUGAAAUCGAACAAGGACUGCCCCAGAAAAACAGCCUCUAUCUAAACAUAAUUCUUGGUGAUGUGAAUGUCUCUAUCCUAAAUAGAAGUGACAAAGUGCGCUACAAAGAUGACUACGAAAAAUUUAAACUUAUUCUAAAUGUGAUAGGUUUAUUGCUAUCAUUUUUAAACAUUGUUAUUAACUAUCGAGCGUUGGAACUGGCCUUCAUAUUUUUGCUGGUAUGGUACUACUGUACACUGACAAUCAGGGAAUCUAUCUUGAAGGUGAACGGUUCAAGAAUCAAAGGAUGGUGGAGAUUACAUCACUUUAUUUCUACUGCCAGUGCCGGAGUUCUACUAAUCUGGCCACAAGGGGAACCUUGGCAACUUUUCCGGACUCAGUUCAUGUACUUUAACGUUUACAUAAGUUUAGUACAGUACAUGCAGUUCGGCUACCAGAAAGGAGUGUUGUACAGAUUGAAAGCACUUGGCGAGAGACAUGAUAUGGACAUUACAAUUGAAGGCUUCCAUUCAUGGAUGUGGCGCGGAUUGAGCUUUCUUAUUCCAUUCCUCUUCAUCGGAUACAUUUUCCAGGCAUACAAUGCUUGGACAUUAUACAAACUAACUGAACAUCCAGAUGCAACCUGGCAGAUUGCAGUUUUAAGCAUACUGUUCCUUAUUUUAUUCGUUGGAAACACAACAACAACUAUGCUUGUGAUCCCACAAAAACUACGUGGACGAAUAAAGGAGCGAUAUCGUCUAAUGAGUUUGUCAUGGGCCAUGAAAGCUCGUCAGCAUAACAAAGACGACAAAACUGAGAAAAAAGACGGAGUGGAAUACGAUUUAAAUAAGGAGUGUGAUAAGGACAAAUAAAAGCUGUAAUUUACUCGAGUGAAGUGAAAAUGAAACGAAAAGUCAAAUAUUUUUACAUUAUUUCUUUAGCGGGUGUUUGUUAACAUAUGGAAAUAUUAUCUGACGAUUGGCAUUCAUAAGCUAGACGACAUGCGACAUCUAGUGUUGAGUAGCAGAACAGAGCGAAGGAUGAUGAUUGAAAUUUUUGCCCUUUGAGGUUAUGUAUGCGAAUUCUGUUUUGUUAAAUUUCAGCGUUCAAAACAACUUUUGAGCAAAAAUUCGAGCUUAUACUUUGUUAUUUUUGAUGCUCUAUCAUUUUAAACAAUUUUUUUUCAAUGUUUUUUUCCAAAAUCUUUUUUAUUGCUUUAAUUUAUAGAGGGCAAAAGUUUACACUCAUACUACUUGAAUUUUUGCUCAGAAGAUGUUCUAAGAGCUGUAAAUUCAAUUUUAAGUUUGCAUUCCUAUAUAACCGAACAGCGAAAAUUUGAAUCGUCAUUCUUCGAUGCUUUGCGCCAUCUGUCGGAAUUAUGAAGCUUUUAAUCGCGAAUUAAUAAUUAUGUUUAGUUCCUACUCAAGCAAAGCUAAAGCUUUUUAAUAAAGGGAGGAUGAAUUUUAAAAAAAAUCUAAGUUCAUGGUUUUCAUAUAACUCGUGAGAGAAUAGGAUUGAGUCAGCAAUAAAUAAAAGAUUCAAAAGGAA